UACACCUAAGCAUAUAAAUACAUGCGCACCAGUUGGAGGAGCAUUUGCGUUGUUAUAUAGCCUAGGUGCGGAUAAAUUCCUGAAUCGCAAUUUAGACGAUACAAUAACCUACUUCGGACUUUAGUGUUUUCUGCCUUUUGAUUUUACAAAAAUGGAUCCAUUGGUAUCUUUACAGGCAAACCUUUUGUCUGUACUUAUGGCUUCUGUUGUUUUAUUUCUAAUACGGAAGUGUCUCGGUAAAAGAACUCGGAGUAGUUAUGGAAGACUCCCUCCGGGUCCCACUCCUGUGCCAGUGGUUGGAAAUUUUUUUCAGGUGUACGUAAAGGAGCCGUAUAAAUAUUACCUUGAGCUCAGUAAAAAGUAUGGCCCUGUCUUCACCAUCUGGUUUGCCAACACCCCUGCUGUGGUGAUUGCUGGAUAUCAAGCUCUGAAGGACUCUAUGAUUGGCAUGGGGGAAGAAUUCAGUGGCAGAUUAAACUACCCCCUCUUAAUGAAAUCCACCAAUGGAUAUGGUGUUUUAGUGAGUAAUGGGAACAGGUGCAAGCAGCUUCGCAGGUUCUGUCUCACAACCCUGAAGAACUUUGGGAUGGGUCGAAGGAGCAUUGAGGACAAGGUGAAGGGGGAAGCCUGUUGUCUAGUACAAAAAUUCAGCACAUUUGGAGGCUCUGCUUUCAGUCCCAAAGACCCAUUAACUGAAGCAGUAAGCAACGUGAUUUGCUCCGUUAUCUUUGGCCACAGAUUUGAAUCUGAUGACCCACAGUUCAAGAUGAUCAUUGAAGCCAUUGAUGCUUACUUCAGUGUCUUGUGUAGUCCUCUUGGGCAGGCCUAUAACAUUUUCCCUAGAUUAGUUGGCUUCUUCCCUGGACGGCUCCACGAUAUGUUUAAACUGCAUGAAAGGGUCGGCGCUUUUAUAAGACUUGAGGCAGAGGCAAGGAUGAAAUCACUAGAUCUUACUUCACCACCGCAGGACUUCUUAGAGGCCUGUGUUAUACGAAUUGAAGAGGAGAAACACAAUCCUAAAACGGAAUUUAAUUUUGACAACAUGUUGAGCACAACCUGGAACUUGUUUAGUGCUGGCACUGAGACCACCUCCAGUACUCUCAGACAGGGCCUGCUGCUCAUGAUGAAGCAUCCAGAUGUCCAAGCCCGGGUUCAGAAGGAGAUUGAUGUGGUGGUGGGGCCAGACCGGUGGCCCUCCCUGGAUGACAGACAGAACUUGCCAUACACAGAUGCAGUUAUCCAUGAGAUCCAGCGUAGCAUGGACCUCGCACCUACUGCUGUUCCACACAAAAUGCUCCGUGACACUGAGUUUAACAACUAUCUCAUCCCCAAGGGAACAGUUAUUCUUCCAUUGCUAUCCUCUGUGCUCUUUGACCCUAAAAUAUGGAAGAACCCAGACCAUUUUGACCCAAACAACUUCCUUGAUGAAAAGGGACAAUUCAAGAAGAAUGAUGCAUUUGUUGUGUUUGGAAUGGUGCAUAUCAUUGGCAAGCGGGCCUGUCUGGGUGAAGCUCUGGCCCGGGUGGAGCUCUUCAUCUUCUUCACCUCUCUCCUCCAGCACUUCACCUUCAAGGCCACCCUGCCUCCUGAGGAUCUUGAGACUACUCCCCUCAUCUGCAGCUUUGGCCGUUUUCCCCUCUCCUACGAAUGCUUUGCUGUGCGCAGGGCAUAGAUAGUUAUUGGUGUGAUAGUACUCAAUCAGCAAGCAAGGCUUGUGGUUACCCUUCUCUUUCAAGUGAAACCAGAUGUAUUUGUAUCAUGAAUUUGUAGCAGAUGCAUCAUGCCAGGGAUCAUCAACUCUCAGGUGUAAUAUAUGCAACAUAUGGAUCUUGGCCUUAUUGAUCUGAUCUGAAAAUCCACAUACUGAAGUGGCCUGGCUUACAUUGUUACUAAAUCUCAAUUCUGUCCACAUUCUGGAUUUAUAAUCCAGGAAAUCAUGUUUUUUCUUUUUGUUUCAGUGCUGUAGAUGCUACAGUGCGAAACAAACUAGAACACUUUUUUAAAACUAAAAUAAACCCUGAACUUGACUUUAUUUCCAAAAGAAAACAUUUAAAAGUAGCAUACUAAGAUGUUAAGGAUGCUAAUAUCCAUGUUGCAUGGACCUUUCAUGUUGAAGUGUGCUUAGUGAAAAACAAGAAUCACUUCUCUUGCACCCAACAUCAUUACCUUCACCAAACAACCCAUCAGCGGAGAUCCAAUCCAAUAGUUCUAAUUAUUUGAAACUUAAUUGAAAAUUCAAGUGUAACCCUGGCCUGUCAUCUUAGUUAUGCAUGUCUAAAACAGACAAGUCUAAUUUUAGUAUUAUAUCCUUAACAAGUUUGCACUGCUGAUUAGAAAUGUAUACUUGUGCAAAUGGCAUUCAUCCCUAUUCAGCUACUUUAAAUGGUCAGAUGUUUUAACAGCUGUACUAAUAGUUUUAAAUGUAUUUGCACAAAAUUCAGCUGAGCAAAACAAUUGCAAUAACUGC